AUGCAUGUGAAGCACACGUUGGAGGUCAAUGACGAUGCCGGUGUAUGGAUUAAUAAGAGUUUCCUUAGCAUCGUUGGCGAAGCAGGUGGAUUUGAAAAUAUGCAAUUUGUGGAGCGAGAUGCUAGGAACUUCAUUUGUCACCAUAGAAGGUCGUUCUGUAAGGAAGGUGAUGGUCAAGUGCUUCUACAUGACUUUUCUAAAAUGAGAGACCUUAAUAAUGAGUUCUUUUAUGACAUCGAAAUGGAUGAAGACAAUAGAAUUUGUAGUGUAUUUUGGGCUGAUGCUAGAAGUCGAGCUGCGUGUGAUGAAUUUGGUGAUGUCGUGUCCUUCGACACCACAUACUUAACAAACAAGUAUGACAUGCCUUUUGCACCUUUUGUAGGAGUAAACCAUCAUGGACAAUCCAUUUUACUUGGAUGUGGAUUGCUUUCUUCACAGGACACUGCUUCAUGUAUAAUUUUCCGGCAUUCGUUGUUGGUCCUCGGUCAGGAGGAUGUAGACAAUGUGUUGUCAAAAUAUGUUAUCCGCCGUUGGAGCAAAAAUAUUCGUAGAAGACACACACUGAUUAGAGCAGCGUAUAGUUGUUUGCAUCAAGAACCAAAAAUGCAAAGAUACCAGUCAUUGUGUAAGCGAUUCUAUGACAUAACUGAGGUUGUGUGUGAAUCUGAAUCUGAAUCUGCAUCUGUUCAGUUGGAGAAUGAAUUGAAUUGCCUGGCUAAAAAGUUUGGAUUGACAGGAUGUUUGAAAAAUAACAUCAUAAGUUACAUUGGAGAACUAAGGUAUGAGAAUCCCAUGACCGAUACACCAUCGUACAAUACUUGUGGUAGUAGUGAUGUACUUGUCCGUAGUCCUGUAGUGGUGAAGCGAAAAGGCCGACUGAGAACUAACAAAUUGCAGUCGACCAUUGAAACAGUUACUAAGAAAAGGAAUAGGGGUUCAAGAAAAAAUACUUCAACAAUAUCAUUAGAUCAAAAUGUGAGUAAUUUCAAUUAA